AUGGAGAGUACCUGGAGAAUCUGUGUCUGUUUCUACUGCUGCCUUCACUGGCUUUCCUCCAGCAUCCAGUGCUCCCCCCGUGCCAGGGGUCGCGUGGUCCCUGACAAGCUCUCUGGGUUACUGGUAGCCCCUGAGGACACGGCCAGAGAGCUGAACCCGCUGCUGUGGCUGCCAACAGGUGUGAGGCACGGAUAUGCCCUCCUGCCUCCCCUGCUCAAGGUGCUGUCUGACCGGGGACCCCAGCACUGGGAAAGCGAGGCCCCCAGGCUGCAGCCAGACUCCAGGGCCCUUCGGUACAUGAAGAGGCUGUACAAGAUGUUCGCCACCAAGGAGGGGAUCCCGAAGGCCAACAAAAGCCACCUCUAUAACACUGUUCGACUCUUCACUCCGUGUUCGGAAUGCAAGCACCUCCACAGGGACCUCAGGAAAGGAGACGUUCACUCGGUGGAUUUACACUUCAACCUGGAUCGUGUCGCUGCUCUAGAGCACCUACUCAAGUCUGUCUUGCUCUAUUCCUUUGACACAUCAGUUCCCAUUUCUUCUCCCGUCACGUGCAUGUGCCAUUUAUCUGCUAAGGAGCAUGAUUCUUCUGGCCAAGUCUGUCCCAGCGUUUCACAGUCCGUAGCUUUUAGCCCGCACUUGGAAGUCAGAAAGCGCAAGUGGGUUGAGAUUGACGUGACUUCUUUUCUCCAACCUCUAAUUGCUGCUCACAGGAGGAACAUCCACAUGGCUGUGAACGUCACGUGUCUGGUGGGUGAUCCACGGCAGAACACUAAACUGGAAAAUCCCCUGCAUGUGGCACUGGUUCCCCCUUCUCUUCUUCUGUACCUGAACGAUACCAGCGAGCAAGCUUAUCACAGGUGGAACUCCCUGAGACACGGGAGGAAAAACCCGCAGCGGCCCAGGCAGAGGAACAGGCCGCCCGUGGAUCCCGCGGGUGACAAAGGAAACGAGAGUUUGCAGGGCAAAAGGGCCUCUCGGCGGCGAAGAGACGAGACUCUGAGAGAAGCCCCAGCUACUCCCCCUCACAACCUGAGCGAGUAUUUCAAGCAGUUCCUGUUCCCUCAGGACGAGUGUGAGCUGCACAACUUCCGUCUGAGCUUUCGCCAACUCCAGUGGGACAAGUGGAUCAUCGCACCGCACCGGUACAGCCCUCAGUACUGCAAGGGUGACUGCCCGCGGGCCGUGGGGCACCGCUACGGCUCUCCGGUCCACACCAUGGUCCAGAACAUCAUCUACGAGAAGCUGGACGCCUCUGUCCCAAAGCCCUCCUGCGUCCCCGCUGAGUACAGCCCGCUGAGCGUCCUCACCAUCGAGCCCGACGGCUCCAUCGCCUACAAGGAGUACGAGGACAUGAUAGCCACCAGGUGCACCUGUCGGUAG